UGUCUUUCAGCCGUCUGAGGAGAAAGAGCUUCUUUGAGACUGGGCAUUUGGCUUUGGGUGGUGAUGCUGUUAUUUGGGAGUGGUCCGUUGACCGGACUGACCAAUCUCCUCACUUCACUACCAUCGCUUCGAUCAUCGAACGACGGGAUCCGGUUCUGGUCACAAGAGAAACAAAACCAUCGGCAAACCACCCUCGAAAGCCAGACGCUCGGAUAUAUAAACUCGAGCAUGGACGAUCCAAAUCAUCAUUCCCACUUGAGCUAGAUCAACAGAAGGUAGCCACUUCAACAUUAGCAUCAUGAAGACCAUUGUUCUCCUCUUGGCCGUCGCCUUCGUCAAGGCUGAGCCUCAGUUCCUCUACAACAGUCCCUUGGCCUACACCAGCCAAUAUGCUCCUUUGGCUUACACCACCUACGCCGCCUCUCCCCUGAUGAAGGCCAUGGACCCCAAGGCCGAGAAGGACAUGAAGGUUGAGAUGGAGCCCAAGCAAAAGAUUGAGUACCAAUACCAGCCUUAUGCCUCUGUCGCCGCCCCUUGGGCUUACAAGAUGCCUUUGACCACCGCUUACCAGACUUAUGCCUCUGCUGCCCUUCCCUUGGCUUACAACGUGCCUUUGGCCCCCAAGUACCAAGCCAAGAACGGCGAUGUCGAGCAUACCGUCUACAAGCGUGAGGCCGAGGCUGAGGCUGAUGCCCAAUUCUUGUACAACGGCUACUACCCCUACACCACCUACGCCGCCGCUCCCGCCGCCACCUGGGCCGCCACCCCCGCUUGGGCUGCCUAUUCUCCCUACUACGCUGCCCCCGUGGUUGCUAACAAGUACGUCGUCCCCGCUGCCAAGGCCAUUGAUGUUAAGGACAAGGUCUACGCCAACGAUGCCAUGUCUGCCUGGCAAUACGCCGCCAAGGGCCAAUACGUGGCUGACUCCGCUGGUGCCGUCCAUAUUGCUAAGCGCGAGGCUGAGGCCGACCCCGCUCUGAUCUACGGAUACGGUUAUACUCCUUAUGCCUCCACCUACGCCACCAACUACGCUUAUGCUCCCUAUGCCGCCUACCCUUACUCCGCCAUCAACCCCUACACCGUUGCCGCCCCCUACUACUAUAAGUACUAAAUGAUGAGGAACAUCCGAGCAAUGCAACAAGCCUUACUUUGGACCCGACGACGACGACACUUGGACCACCUUUUGAUCUAGCUCUAAAAUCAGCUAGUCUUGAGACCAAUCAUGGGAAAGACCAUCCUGUCUCUCAUCUUGAUAUACUCGAGUUCUGCUGGGGAAUGAACCAAUUGUACCAGUGAAUUUUUCCAUCUUCGAGCCUAGAUUUUCCCACUUGUGAGUGACUCCUUAUCCCUUCCUAGGGAUUGAGGAUCACAAAUCAUGAUAAAUUUGAGCCAAUAAAGAUGUCAGAAAGGUUCCAAUCAAA